AUGUCUGUCACCUAUGACUCUUCAGCUACCCUCUUGAAUGCUACAUGGGUGGCUGUCUUGCUGAGUGAGCGCGAUGUGGCCGGGCAGAUCCCACUCAAUUUCGUGACGAACCCCGCGGUCUCCCUAUCGGCAGCCUGCUUUGGAAAUGGCGUGUAUGAUAAAGAGAAUGCCGCGCAAUGCUUCUCGAACCUGCUGGCGAUCGGAUACCGGCGGCUCGUUGUCGAUGUAUACUGGUCGCCUACCCGGAGGACGUGGUCGUUCUGCCCAGUGAAUGUCCCGGACAAAUCCGACGUCACCGUCUCAAGUGAGACGUCUACCAUGAGUACGAGCUCGGAGACUUCGACUGUCACUACAGCCGAGACCACGAGCACGGCAGCGAGUGCUGACCCGCCGACCAUCACCGGAUACGAAGAUUCGCAUGGAUAUACUGUCUACGAGCUGGGACAGUAUAAGUGCACCGACGACCUCGACCCUUACACCUUAGCUGAAGUGCUUGUUGGCUACUUCAGGGACACCAACUCCCAGUUGACCGUGUAUACGUCAUACCUCGUGCUCAAUCUCCAUGUCGCAGCAAGUGAAACCACACCGGAUGAGCCCGCCUCUGCCAUCACAGGAGAUGAUUUACCUUUAGGGUCGGAGCGGGUUGGGGCGCUCCUUGGUACAGCCCUAGGCGAUUUUAUCUACAGCCCAGCCCAGCUUGCGACAGACCGAAGGAAUCUCAAUGAUUCUUGGUACCGGGUUGAGCAGAGCUACAUGCCCAUCACUGAAUACUACACUAUCCACGAAAAUGAAGCUGGGGAACAGAGUACUCCGGAUGGAUGGCCCUCAUCAAAGUAUAUCCAGUUGGCCAAACGUGAUAGGGUCCUCAUUGAAUACGGCACAGUUGAUCCCCAACUGGCGGAUUAUGACUUGACCGCAGAUGGGAAUUCUAUCUUCCCUCCUGGGUACUUGUCGGCUACUUCAAAAGUUGAUGCAACUAGUAAUGGCACACUGACAUCAGGCUGUCUCUACAACCCUGGGGCCACGGAUGUGGCCAAGGCAAACUCAUCAUGGGGCAUCUCUGAUGGCAUUCCUGUCCCCGUUGGUCUUUCCACCGAUGAUACAAUGGGCUCAAUAUCCAACGCCAUCUCCGACAUCACGGCUUGUGGUCUCUCUCCAACACUCAACACUACUCUCUUUGGAUCAACUGCCGACACCCAGAUAGAGCACUACCGAAAUGUGUCUUUAUCUUCUUCUUGGGCCUGGGCCAUCGGUGAACCACACGAUGCAAAUUAUGGUGGCGGCGACGGAGACCCCAAGUACGACCGUUGUGCAAUCAUGGAUCUAACACUUGAAGGCCACUGGCGAUCAACAAACUGCACAGAGCAGCGACGCGCCGCCUGUCGAAUCGGGAAUUCUCCUUUCUCCUGGGUCCUCUCGGACACAUUUGCCUAUUUCUCCAAUGUCUCAGAUACCUGCCCCGAAGGAUCGAGUUUCGCUGUACCACGCACGGGACUGGAAAACAAAUACCUCUACCGCCAUCUUCUAUCCCUACCGGAAUCGAAAAUCGAUCCGGGCUCUUCUAAUGCGCUUCUGCGCGAGAUCUAUGUGGAUUUCAACUCGAUCGAUGUGACCUCCUGCUGGGUUUCGGGUGGGUAUGGGGCUACCUGUCCCUAUGCCUCUGACCCGCAGCAGCUCGAGCGUAAAACUGUGCUCGUUGCUGCAGUUGCUGGAAUCAUUAUUCUUGUCAUUGCUGCCUUGACCUUCUUUGUCAAGUGUAAUGCUAAUCGCCGGAACUCUCGGCGCAGAAAGCGUGCUAUCGACGGGUGGGAAUAUGAAGGUGUCCCCUCCUAA